AUUGUGUUGUAAAUUGGUUGCGAAGAAAAUAACCUCUAAACUGUAGCUAGAAACAUUUUUCAUAAUCUAAUUUAUUAUUUAAUGGAAAAUACUAUGUUUACUGCCUAAAUAUGGCUUUACCACAAAAGAAGUUUUAUAGGCAACGAGCACAUUCUAAUCCUAUAGCAGAUCAUUGUUUUGAAUAUCCAGCUCAUCCAGAUGAUUUUGAUUGGACAGCUUUGUAUCCUGUUGUAAAAUCUGAAGACCAGAAGAAAGUAGAGUUUUUAGAUGUUGGAUGUGGUUAUGGAGGUCUUCUGGUAACAUUGUCACCUAUGUUUCCUGAACAAUUGAUGCUAGGACUAGAGAUACGAGUGAAAGUAUCCGAUUAUGUAAAUGACAGGAUCCAAGCAUUAAGGAUACAAAGCCCUGGACAGUAUCAGAACAUAGCAGUUCUCAGAACUAACGCAAUGAAGUAUCUACCCAACUUCUUCUACAAAGGACAGUUGAAAAAAAUGUUCUUUCUGUAUCCAGAUCCACAUUUUAAGAAAGCAAAACAUAAGUGGAGGAUUAUAAACAAGUGGCUACUUGCAGAGUAUGCUUACAUACUUGCAGAAGGAGCUAUAGUGUACACAAUAACAGAUGUAAAGGAUUUGCAUGAAUGGAUGGUUACCCAUUUUGAAGAACACCCCCUGUUUCAAAGAAUUUCUGACAAAAAUUUGGAGUCUGAUCCAGUUGUCGAGAAGCUGUAUGAAAGCACAGAGGAAGGGCAAAAAGUAACAAGAAAUAGUGGAGAUAAAUUUCUUGCAGUGUUCAAGAGAAUAUCUGACAGCAAUAUAAUUACUAAAUAA